GACAGGGUGGAGCCGCCGGAGAGCCCUGCAGCCCCGGGGCCGGGGCCAGGGCCGGCCAGGCUGCUCCCCGCAGCGGGCAGCGCCCGAGCGGCAGAGCCCGGGGCCGGGAGCGGGGCCACGGCUGCCGCCCGCGGGCCCACGCGUGCCGGGGAUCCGCCGCCCGCCCUCGCUGCUGCCGGGCUCUAUGUGGCCAUGGAGAAGUUGUACUUCGUGGGGAGCAGCGUGUGGACGAUCAACAGCUCCCUGGGGAACGGCAGCCUCCGCCUGGAGAACCAGACCUCCGGGAGGAACAGCACCACGGACCCCCUGAAGAGGAACGAGGACAUGGCCAAGGUGGAGGUGACGGUCCUCUGCCUCAUCCUCUUCCUCGCCCUGACCGGCAACCUGUGCGUGCUGCUGGCCAUCCACACCACCCGGCAGAAGCACUCCCGCAUGUACUUCUUCAUGAAGCACUUGAGCAUCGCUGACCUGGUCGUGGCCAUCUUCCAGGUGCUGCCCCAGCUCAUCUGGGACAUCACCUUCAGGUUUUACGGGCCAGAUUUCCUCUGCCGGUUGAUCAAGUACUUGCAGGUAGUGGGGAUGUUUGCUUCCACAUACAUGCUCUUGCUGAUGUCCCUGGACCGGUGCUUGGCCAUCUGUCAGCCGCUGAGGUCUCUGCACAGGAGAGCGGACCGGGUCUCUGUCCUCCUCACCUGGCUGCUGUGCCUGCUGGUCAGCAUCCCUCAGAUCCACAUAUUUUCUCUGAGGGAUGUGGGGAAUGGGGUUUACGACUGUUGGGCAGAUUUCAUCCAGCCCUGGGGACCUAAAGCCUAUGUCACCUGGAUAACCCUCAUGGUCUACAUCAUCCCUGUGUUGAUGCUGAGCAUCUGCUAUGGCUUAAUCAGCUUCAAAAUCUGGCAGAACGUGAAGCUUAAGACAGCUCAAGGGUCCAACAUGGGUCUGAGCUCCAGUUCCCACAGCGGGAUGGUGUUUGCCAGGGUCAGCAGCACCAGGCUCAUCUCCAAAGCCAAGAUCCGGACAGUCAAAAUGACCUUCAUCAUAGUGUUAGCGUUCAUAGUGUGCUGGACUCCCUUUUUCAUUGUGCAGAUGUGGUCUGUGUGGGACACGAAUGCUCCGCAGGAAGCCUCCCCCUUCAUCAUCGCCAUGCUCCUGGCCAGCCUCAACAGCUGCUGCAACCCCUGGAUCUACAUGCUGUACACGGGGCACCUCUUCCACGACCUGAUACGGCGCUUCCUCUGCUGCUCCACGCGGUACCUGAAGUCCCGGCCGGCGUGCGACCUGAGCGUCAGCAAGAAGAGCAACUCCUCCUCCUUCGUCCUCAGCUGCAAGAGCACGAGCCAGAGGAGCUUCACGCAGCCGACCACGGCGUGAGGGCAUCGCCGGCCGGGACCUU